ACAGCACUUCAAUUUUUGAAUUCCACCAAGCAGCACACACAAAAGCGGCAGAAAGCGAAACCAAAGCUCGUUGCAGCAAUUAAAUAAAAUCAAUCAAAAUGAAAUUGUUCAUCGCACUCGCUCUUGUUGCGAGCCUCGGCUCUCUUGCCAUGGCAAACGAAGAGUUCUGCCAGAAUAACGUUGUUACCGCCUGCUCUUCGUCGACCUUCUCUGCCAACUCCAUUUGUAAUGCCCGUUUUGCCGGCAUUGACCAUGUGGAGCCCGAGAUUCAGGCCUACAUCAACUCCCAGUUGACCAAGUCCUACGACUAUCUGCUCCUGGCCACUUACUUCAACUCGUACCAGAAGAACCGCCCCGGCUUCCAGAAGCUGUACCAGGGAUUGUCUGAUCGCUCCUUCGAUGACAGCAUUGCCUUGAUCAAGCAGAUCACCAAGCGCGGUGGAAUCGUGGACUUCAACACUCGCCACGAGAGUCCGGCUUCCGUGCUCACCAAGCGACCCACUCUGGAGGUCGAUGAACUGCACUCCCUGGCUUUGGCUCUGGACAAUGAGAAGCAGCUGGCCGCUGGAGCCACCCACGUUCACACCCGCGCCACCCACCAGGCCCGUGGCGAACACGAUCCAGAGCUGGCCCACUACAUGGAGGAGAACUUCCUGGCCAAGCAGGCUGAUAGCGUGCGCACACUUUCUGGAUAUGCCAACGACCUGGCCAAGUUGAUGAAGGUGUCGGACCCAUCCCUCUCCGUCUACCUGUUCGACGAGUACCUGCAGAAGCAGUAAAGCAGUCGAGGCACUCUCUCUCCUCCUUCAUAUAAAAUAUUCCCUUUCCUUCCUUUCCUAACAAAAUUUGCUCUCAUCAUCCCCGCGGAUCGUUUAUAAAUUAAUUGUUUCCUUGGUUUGUUCACCAAUAAAUCGCAGUGCAGCAGCAGCAUUAUCAAAGCAGCCAAUUGAAUGAUUUACCACAUACACCCCUCCGGAGCUCACCUUGAUUUACCAGCAGCACACCAGAGAUUGUGAUAAUGUUAUCAUAAAUAAGUUAGCAAGUUCGCCCCAGCAAAUGUAUCUUUAGCCAUGUAUGUUACCGCGUGAACAAAUAAACAGACACAACAAAAGUGACUAACUAUCAACUAGGAAAA